AUGUGGCUACAAAUACUGUAUCUCCUCACCGUUAACGCUGACGGUGCCGUCGUCAAAGAUAACAAGAGAGUGGUGGUCGAAGAGAACGAUGGAGCGGCGAGGAAAAAGAAUAACGAAAUGGUAAUACGAUAUCUGCAGAGAUACGGUUAUUUAAACGAAAAGUUUGAUAAGUUCGCGAAUAGCGAGGAUACAUUGGUUCUUCAACACGCAAUCAGCCUUUUUCAAGAGUACUACAAAUUACCCGUUACCGGCACGAUAAACAACGAAACUCUAAACCAGAUGAGUAAAUCGCGAUGCGGUCUACGCGACAUAGUGAAUUUCGGAGAAGAGGGUCAAAAGAAACCCAACAAAGUACUCUUGGAUACGACUCAGGUGGCGUUCGAUCUGUGGCAGACGCAUCCGACGCUAACGUUUGAGCGUGACGUUGCAAAGCCAAAUAUUCUUAUAUCAUGGCGCGAGGCCCGUCACACGUUCAUCGAUUCUCGAAACGGUGAAUUGUGCUCGGACCCGUUGGACGGUCCCGGCGGUACGCUGGCUCACGCUUUCUAUCCCAAUGGAGCGCCGGAUUCCACGUCGGAGAUUCACGUCGACAUGACGGAACCGUGGCACAUAUAUCUAGAUAUGGUUCCAUCGGACAAAGCGGUUUUGCUAUACGGGUUGACUCAUGAAAUCGGUCAUGCGCUAGGGUUAGAUCAGAGUAUUCCAACCGGUCACGUGACUGUUCCCCCACCAAGAUUCCGCCGGUAA